CAUUCCGAAUCCGGUUAGUGUGGUGACGUCGCUAUCAAUCGUUUUCUCCGACAACAUUUGAACCUCUUCCUUUAGUGCUAUCACAACAUUGAAAUGUGACAGCCUUAACCAUGUUCCCUACACCACGCUGUCUCGCAGCCAAGGCGCCGGGCUUCUUCAAAAAAAGCACCGGCGAGCUCAGCCGCCUCGCACGCAUCGCUCUCAACGCCGAAGCCAUAUCGACACCCACAAAACCCUACCCCCUCCUCGACUUCUCCGACCCCGCUGCCACCGCCUCCUGCAAAACCAUGGCAGACCGUGCGGUAGGCGGGUUCAGUACUGCACAACUCGACUUCAUCCCGGCUACUGCUACCGACCCAGCUCACACCCGCUUCCACGGCACAAUAUCCACCAAACUGCCCAAUAACUGGCGCGUAGAGCGCACCGGCUACGCGGCGUUCCGGAACCGUGACCGCGGCUUCUGGUUACUCGGCAGGCUAUACUGGGACGCCGAUCCGUAUGCGUAUCUCGCGCUGCGGGUCAAGAGUGAUGGGAGGCGGUACAUGGUGAAUCUGCAGACGGAAUCGGUUGUGGAGACGGAUAUUCAUCAGCAUAGGCUGUAUACACGGCAUCACCGCGUCUAUCAGCCACCACCACUGGGUGAGGGAGACGAAGGGAGGUACGGCGCACUUUCAGAUAUCCCCCCCGCAGAAACGAUCAUCAGCACAGCCACGACGACAGGGAGUUCGGGUUCAGGCUGGGAAACGAUUCUCUUGCCCUUUCACUCCUUUGUGCGCACGAAUUACGGCAUGAUUGUCGAACCGCAGCAGAGCUUGAUCAAGCAGAAGAUCAAGUCGAUUGGCAUUGGGCUGAUUGAUCGUGUGGAGGGUCCGUAUGAUUUGAGAAUUCAUAGGAUUUGGGCGACGAAUGGGAUGAGUGAGGAGGAGGUGGAGGAGGAGAGAAGCAUUUGUGGAGAGAAUGCGUUAGGUGUGGAUGAGGGGGUGAGGACGUUGUGGGGGUCGAAGAGGGAUGCUCAUGGGAAAGAGGGGAGCCAUACUCAAAGAAAAGAGGAGGAGGAAAUUGGGAAGAGGAAGAAGGGGUUGGAAGGGCUGAAGGGGGAGUGGGAGCAGUAGUCUUCUUCUUCUUAAUUGUAUAGCAUAUGGUGUAUUUAUUUAAUGUACUGUUGUGAGGUUAAAGGAGAUCGCUACAUAUGUAGGGGAGGGUGAGACUGAUUUAUGCAAACGAGCGUUAAUGAUGCCUGGAGCAAACGCUGUCUUAGCAAACGCUGUCCACAACACCAGUCACUCAAUGAUUGUCGGCUCUACAUCUACUCACCAAGCUCUAUCAUCGAUACAGCAAGCACUCGUUCACAUGUAACACUGUCAACUCCACCA